AGAGGAAAAUUUUUGAUAUAAAUAGGAGCAACUUUCAGUAUGUGACAUCCCGUCAUUUCAUUUGAUAUCGAGAUAGAAUGUCUGCAGUUAAAGUUUUUUCACUUUUCGCCGUCAUACUUUUCGAACUCGUAGCAUUGUCGCACCAGACGGACUUUGUUACUUUAGAAUUCACUAAACAAAGCAUUGGACCUGGAGAAAAGACAGAUUUGAUAAUAACACCUACAUAUGAAGCUCCAUUUACUUGCCGAAUAUAUGAGACUUCCGAUCGAAUUUCUUGCUCAACGCAAUCGGUCAACUUUAACAAUAGAGAAUCCGUUGCCCUAAGUGUUGUUCAAUCGAAAGAAGAGACUCAUCAAAUUGAAGAAGUCGCAAUAACUGUAUUUUGCUCCAACGACGAGUUUUUAAUAAGUGCUGAUAAUGAAGUUCUUGUGAUUUUGCCAUCUGAUCCGAUAAAUUUCCAUUAUAUCGGCGAAACGGCUCAAGUUGUAAUAUCAGUAUUGGAUGAUGACAUAGCAGUGCAAGGUGCUUCAAGCACUGUAACUUUUACAGUUUCAAGUAUUUCGGGAAAUGUUCUCGAAACGGAAUUUAUAAUAUAUGACAAUGAUCUUCCACUUACCCCUGUGGGAUUUCCAACGGAAAUGACUGAGGGAGAUAAGCCUGUAGUAAUUAGUCUAAAGCCUGACAGCCGGUGGGAUGGUGGCUUUCACAAUCCACCCGAUCAAGUUGACAUCUAUGAACAAAAUCCUGUAGUCGUUCCACCUAAUAAGAUCACUAAUAUACGAAUUCAAGCUAUUUAUGAUGCUGUAGAAGUAGAACCUCCUAUAGACAAAAUAACUCUUCUUGAUAAAAAUGGAGGGAGUUUAGGAGACCCUCAUUUCACCCAAUUUGUUGUUGAUAGUCGAACAGGAAAAUCUAUGAGAAUAUGCUAUGAUGUUACUGGUGAGGCAAACAAUCGUAUUUUCAUCUAUAAACAUCUCCAAUCAAAAACUUCACUUUACGGUACACUUAAGAACGACUAUUAUAUGCACGAAAUUACUGUUGGUUCGUUGGUCAGUAAUAUAACGGUUACAACCAAUUAUAUCAAAAUAGAUCAUGAUAGAAAGUUUGAAUGGAAAACUUCCGGUGGUUUUGAAUUAACAAAAAGUAAAUAUUAUAUUAUUAAGUUUACUAAAAAUGUUACUAAAAUUGAGUCAACUGACGGAAGAUUUGGAAAUGUAAAAUUUGAAAUAAGAAGAUCAAUGUCUAAUUUCAAAAACGUUUAUUUAGACGUUAAUAUAUUAAGAUUAAAUAAUUACAAAGGAAUAGGCGAUUUACUAGGAGAAGUCGGAAAUAGCCGUUUUGAAUUUUAUACAUCUGUCGCAGAGUAUGAGGGAGAAGGAAUGGGAUCAAUAAAAGUGAACAAUCAUCUAUUCUUAGCUACUCAAAAAAAGCGAAACGGUAUGGAUUGUUGGUUGAUUGAUGCAGAUGAUGUUGUUUAUCCUAAACAAUUGGAGAAUUUUGUUUAUUAG